AAAUCCAUGCAGCCCAUCCUCGCAAGAAUCCCAUGCAAAAAUAUCUCGCUGUCAAAGCACAGCCAGAAACGCCGCUCUUUGCUUUUCUCAUUCAACAUUACUUUGAUCCCUGCAAUGUCCAAGGAUGUACGGCGCCUCUUUGCGGCGCAAAAGGCCGCCAAGGCUGCUGCCGGCUCACCUGUCUCUACCGGGUCAGGAUCACCUUCUCUUGCAUCGUCCUCGAAACGGGUGACCCAUCCACUCGCAAAGUACGAUCCCAAGACCUUUCGACUGACGUGCGCAAUCUGUGGACCAGCUCAACCCAUCAAGUCCGAUAGUCUAUGGAGCGCGCACUUGGUCUCGAAAGCUCACCAAGAAGCGGUCGCUAAGCUCAGGGCGGUCAAAGAGCAGAUGCAGAAACGGGAAGCAGAGGCGGCAGAACGACUGCGGUUACAGCAACAACAACAGCAGGCGCAAACACAGACCCAGGGUACAAAGAGGAAAGCAUCAGGAGGAUUGGUUGCAUAUGCAGACAAUAGCGAGAGUGAAAGCGACGAGGACGAGAAGAGCAAACCAAUGUCAAAAAUACCAGAGUCAAAACGCGCCAAGGUUGAAGACGAUACUGUGGAUCGGGAGCAAAGACAGGCGGUAGCGGAUAUCGAGGAAGAAGAAGAAGUUGCUAUGGCAGGACUACCAGCAGGCUUCUUCGAUUCCGGUGCAGGGCCUUCUGCAGAUCGGGAGGGUGAGAGUGGCCAUGAUGGGGCUCAGGAAGAGAGUAUGGAUGGAGUAUUACCAGCUGGAUUCUUCGACGAUCCGGAGCAGGAUGCCAGAGUUCGAACGGAAGUUGGCGGAGCGACUGCAGAUCAACAGCAGCGACAGGUCGAUGAAGAGUUCAGGGCGUUGCAGGCAGAGCUGGCACGCGAUUUGGAGCGGCAGGAACAACAGGAGCAGGCAUUGCGGUUAAGACAAGCAUCUGGUGUGUCUGCGAGCUCGAAUGCGGCAGCAACGAAUGGAGCAGCGGCAGCGACCGACCAGAUUCCGUACGAAGAAAAGGUCGAAUUGGAGGAACAGGAGUUGGAGGAGAGUAUCUUGGCACGGUCUGAGGAGGAGUAUCAACUAUUUAUUGAGAUGCAGGAGCGACUUGACGGAUUGCGGGAAAAAAAGAGCCGGUUGCUUGCAAAUCAGCAAUACGUCUCUGCACCUUCACCUUCUUCAAGAUCAGUAUCGGACUCAGCAGUAAGUAAAUCUACCUCCAAGGCAGGGAAACAAAAGGGCAAGUCGAUUCUGGAUGUUGUCAGAGAGCAGGAAAAGGCCAAGAAGGAGAAGGAGCGCUUGGCUGCAAAGGAAUUUGCAAAGCUCGUCGCGGCAGGUCAAGACGACAGCACAAUGGUGAGCGAUGACGAGAAGAGCGGUGAAGACGACGACGAAGACAUAGAGGCCAUGAUGGACUGGCGGGCGAGGCGGUUUUGAUCACCCCCAAAGCGAUAGCUGAAAAUAAAGUCCGUGUUCUUUACC